CGGGGUGGUUUGGGACCAUACUUUAAUUACAUGGCCAGGAUUGCGACGGUUGGAACUUUGGCAUUCGAAUAGAGUUUUUUUUGUUUUUAGGUGUCGUCAGCGGGGAGCGGGGCUGGUGGAGCGUGAGGUGAAUGUGUCGUUUUGAAACCAAAGGACAGUAAACGCUGCCUCUCCCCAAACUAGACUACCCCGCGGGCCGGCGGCCGUCUUUAGAGAGACAGGAGAGAACAUGGCGGCCCCCGGCACCCGGAGUUUCAGCCUCUCAGGACUGCUCCCGGCUCAGACCUCGCUGGAGUACGCCCUGCUCGAUGCCGUUACCCAGCAGGAGAAAGACAGUCUGGUCUACCAGUAUCUGCAGAAGGUGGACAGCUGGGAGCAGGACUUGUCAAUGCCUGAGUUUCCGGAAGGAUUAGAAUGGCUGAACACAGAAGGACCUAUUUCUGUCUACAAAGAUCUCUGUGGAAAAGUGGUCGUCCUUGAUUUCUUCACCUACUGCUGCAUAAACUGUAUUCACCUAUUGCCUGAUCUUCACGCAUUAGAACACACGUACUCUGAUAAAGAUGGUCUUCUGGUUGUUGGUGUUCACUCAGCUAAGUUUCCAAAUGAAAAAGUCCUGGAUAACGUUAAGAGUGCCGUUCUUCGCUACAAUAUCACCCACCCUGUGGUUAAUGAUGCAGAUGCCAGCCUUUGGCAAGAACUAGAAGUCUCCUGCUGGCCAACUCUGGUCAUACUUGGACCCCGUGGAAACAUGUUGUUUUCCUUGAUGGGAGAGGGACACAAAGAUAAAUUAUUCUUAUAUACUUCGAUAGCUUUAAAGUAUUACAAAGAUAGGGGACAGAUCAGAGAUAAAACAGUUGGAAUAAAACUCUUUAAAGAUUCUUUGCCACCUUCACCAUUGCUAUUUCCUGGCAAAGUAAUAGUAGACCAUGUUACCGACAGAUUAGUAAUAGCAGACACUGGACAUCAUAGAAUUUUGGUCGUCUGGAAGAAUGGACAGAUUCAGUACAGUAUUGGAGGACCUAACCCUGGAAGAAAAGAUGGAACAUUUUCAGAGUCAACUUUUAAUUCACCACAGGGUGUAGCCAUAAUGAAUAAUGUGAUAUACGUGGCAGAUACUGAAAACCACCUUAUAAGAAAGAUUGACCUAGAAGCUGAGAUCGUGAGCACUGUAGCUGGCAUUGGAAUUCAAGGUACAGAUAAAGACGGCGGAGCCAAAGGAGAACAACAGCCCAUCAGUUCCCCUUGGGAUGUAGUUUUUGGAACAUCAGGUUCAGAGGUUCAAAGAAAUGACAUUCUGUGGAUCGCCAUGGCAGGGACUCAUCAGAUAUGGGCACUCCUGUUGGACUCUGGCAAACUACCAAAGAAAAAUGAGUUAAAAAAAGACACCUGCGUUCGAUUUGCUGGAAGUGGGAAUGAAGAGAAUCGAAACAAUGCCUAUCCUCACAAGGCAGGUUUUGCCCAACCUUCAGGUCUUUCUCUGGCUUCUGAAGAACCCUGGAGCUGCCUGUUCGUAGCAGAUAGUGAGAGCAGUACAGUGAGAACCGUCUCGCUAAAAGAUGGAGCAGUGAAGCACCUCGUAGGAGGAGAAAGAGACCCCAUGAAUUUAUUUGCCUUUGGUGAUGUUGAUGGAGUAGGAAUCAAUGCAAAGCUUCAGCACCCACUUGGAGUUACUUGGGACAAGAAAAAGAGUUUACUUUAUGUGGCAGACUCCUACAAUCACAAGAUUAAAGUUGUAGAUCCAAAAACAAAAAACUGUUUAACAUUAGCAGGAACAGGAGAUGCAAGUAAUAUCAGUUCCAGCUUUACAGAGUCAACUUUUAAUGAGCCAGGAGGCUUGUGUAUUGGAGAGAAUGGUCGGUUAUUAUAUGUAGCAGACACGAAUAAUCAUCAAAUUAAAGUGAUGGAUUUAGAAACAAAAACAAUUUCUGUGCUCCCUGUAAUCAAAUCUGAAAAUUCUGUGGUAGAUGGCCGAUUCCUACUAUACAAACAGAAGACAUUACCCAAACUGCCUAAAUCAGCUCCAAGGAUUAGUCUUUCCCCAGUGACUGCUUCUCCGGGCCAGACUCUUCAGUUCAAGCUAAGAUUAGACCUCCCAUCAGGAACAAAACUAACCAAAGAAGUACCCAGUUGCUGGUUUCUAACAGCUGAAGGCAAUGAAUGGCUUUUUCAAGGACAGCUAUCAUCUGGAGAAAUAGAGAACAUUUUCAGUCAACCAACAAUAUCACUGCAGAUUCCUGGUGAUUGCUUAUCACUUGAAGCCAUUGUAUCUGUCAGCGUGUUUCUUUAUUAUUGUAGCACAGACAGCAGUGCCUGUAUGAUGAAGGGAAUUUUGUUCAGUCAGCCUUUACAAAUAACUGAUACACAACAAGGUUGCAUAGCUCCAGUUGAGCUCAGAUAUGUAUUUUAGCAAGCUAGCUAGCCACCCACAUCCACAGCCACCUGUCCCCCAUCCUUACCAUCGCUGUAACUUAUGAAAAGCUUUCUUUCUGCCUCUGCAAUACCAAGAAACCCAUUGCUCAGUUCUAGCAAUGGAUAUUAAAAUAAAACCCUGCUCCUUUUCUACUUAUUUAUUAUAAGCAAAUUCCUUCAUUCUGGCUGUGGACCCGCUAAGUACUGAUCAUCAUUUGAACCACGAUUUUGUAAUCUAUGCUGCUUUUUGGCACAAGACUAAAGUCCACACUAUAGCAGAGAAUAUUACUGUAAGAAAAUUUGCAGUGAAUACUAAUAAUAAUAAUACCAAAUACUUCAACUGACUUUUUCUACCUUUAUUAAGAGUGAUCAGCACAUUUGAAUGCCUAAAUUUCACAGACUUUAAACAGGACCUAAGAUCCAGUCCACAUGUUGUUUAAGGACACCUGCCAUUCUAGGCAUGAGGUCUGUUUUAAGCCAAGGUGUAUGUGUAUGUGGAGGCGUGUGGGGGGGACUUUUCAUCACAGUGGAAGUUUAAAGAGUACCUGAGCGGUAAAUAAUGUUGUUUGUUCUUGACUGUGAUUUUCUCAGUUGAAAAUACAGUUAAAAAAGAGUUUUGAUCUGUUAUUAUAAAUUGUUUGCUGUUUUAACAUACCAUUACUAACGCUAUCUAACUUUAUAGAGAAAAAGUCGAAGAUAAAGUCUUUAAGGGCAUAUAAACCUACCCCUUUAACUUUUUCUGAAUAAACACAGAUUAAAAAAUGAGUCCCCAAAAAUAGUAUGACUUUCAAAGAGAAAAGAAUUUAGAGAUACAUUACUGUCUGUGAUACUAUUUAACUAUAAGGAAUUCACUGUGACAGCUGAAUCCAGUGAUAAUGGGUGUGUGUGUGUGUGUGUUAUCUUAGAAAUUGGCAUUUCACUUUUAACCAUUAAGUUUAUAUUUGUUGAGGUUUUUUGUUUGUUUUGUUUUGACUUGGUUUGUUUCCCUGUUCAGAAUUUAAAUUAUGAGUAUUUUUUGUGAUUUUUUUUUAACACCACUUUUUAAGCCUUGCACUUUAAUGGAUCAAUAGGUAUAACCUAUUGCCAUCGAGUCAGUUCUGACUCAUAGCGACCCUAUAGGACAGAGUAGAACUGCCCCAUAGGGUUUCCGAGGCUGUAAAUUUUUACGAAAGCAGACUGCCACAUCUUUUUCCCGCAGAGCGGCUGGAGGUUCAAACCUACAACCUUUUGGUUAGCUGAUGAGCGCUUAACGACUGAGCCAUCAAUAGAUAUAGUGUAUUCUAAUAUAUUACUGUUUAAAAUAUUAAGGCUAACACAGUGACUUGAUAACAUUUUGUUGUUGUUUUUAACCCCAAAAGAAACAGCUACUGUAUAUUGAAAGGUUUUUAAAUUAUUAUAAUUUAUCUUUACAGCUAUUUCAAAGCCUUUUAUUGUUCAUCCUAAAACUGAUUCAACGUGUUUGUGAUUUUAUCGGUAUGCAAGAUUUUAAAAACAUCACUCAAAUUAUCUUUGUUUAUGCAAUAAGUAUUUAUAGACAAUAUGGCUCAAUAUGCCUUUUUCCCCUUCAAAAACAGUGCUAAAUUUCCAGUGUAAUCCUUUAAGCACUUUUUCUUUAUAUUUUAAAAUAGUUUUGAAACAUAGUAUUACUUUCUUUUAUUCAGGUUAGAUAAAUCUCUGAGGUUUGGAAAUGCAUAGAUCACGACUUUCAUUUAAUUUGUAUACCUGCUAAUGCUAAUUUUUAAGAGAAAAGGAAUCCUGUUUAUAAUUAUAGGUCAUUUCCUCAUAAACCUUUUCUCUCAAAAAAAAAAAUGUUCUGUAACAAAAGGGUGUAUAACAAUAUAUUCUUUUAUUGAGAAUAGGACUUAAUCAUUUUUAAUCUCAUUUGAUUGUAUUUCUCUUUUCCAGUCAGACAGGAUGAAAGUAUUCUGUCUCAAAUCACUUCCUAUUUAAGAACAUAAGCAGUUUUACUUUCUAAAAGAAGUGCAUAUACUUAUAAUUUACUAAUUUACAAAUACCUGAUCAUUUUUUAGUAUAAUACAUACACAAGUAUAGAUGUAUGUAUUUUCAUGUAAGUUAAAAGUUCAGAAACAUUUUAUAGAAUUCAGUGAUUCUCCCUUCAUUUGCCUAGACGGUUUUAGGUUAGUCUUAAGCAUAUACUUUUCUUGACUUUCAAAGUACAGUUUAAUUGAACAUUGUUAUGCUUACCUAGCCACCUAUCUCCAUUGUUUUUUUCACAUUAAAAAUGUAAUUUUUAGUAGAUUAGCUUGGUUUUGACUAACCCAUACUAAAGCAAUAUAAAUAGGUUCCUAGACCUUAUGACUAACAUAAACCUCUUACAUAAGAGGAAGCACUAGAAAGUUUAUUUUUAGAACGUUUUUAUCCUAGUCUACCUUCUGUUUUCUGUAAGGAUUUCUGUACAAUUUUUUAACUUCUUUUGCUAUUGCAUAAAUUAUUAUGUGCAGUGAUAGUUUAAAAAGAGUAAGAUUUUAUUGUAAGUCACCUUAAUCUGAGUGCCAGUGAUGUGGCACUGCACACUUUAAGCUAAUACAUAGAAUCUUUGCCCUAAAUUAGUCCACUGUUUUGUUACUAUGUUUUCCUCCCCUCUUUGUGAUAUCAUUUCACAAACGGUAGAAUUUUUUUUUCUGAAUUUAUAGUCCCUCAGCAUUGCUAAGAUUCCUGUAAAGAAUUUUGCUUAUCUUGAAUAUGCUAUCUGUCUUAAGCAUGUAUUCACCCUAUUCACCAGGGAAAACUUUGCAAUUUAAUCACCCAUAGAUGUAACUUUGGCAAAGUUUAAUGACUAAAAAACAAUUUUCUCCUUAGCUGUUCUAAUAAUAUAUUUACCUGUAGUAUUAUCAGACCUGCAGAAAGCUGUAAAUCUUAACACAGCCAAAAAACUUUUAAUAUGUGAGGGUGUGAGUAUAUGUGUGUAUAUAUGUGUAUGUGUAUAUGUGUAUAUAUAUAGAUAUAUUUAUGUGUGUGUGUGUGUGUAUACGUAAACAGGUACAAAGAUUAUUCGAGGCUUUCUCAUACAUAUUUCUUUUAUGAUCAGUAUAAUUUUAGGCUAAUAACCACUGAGGUAAGUUACUCUUAAUUGUUUUUUAAUAAUUGGAAAUUUUGGGAAGUUACUGAAAACGUAUAUCUCUGUAAUAAUAUUCUUUUCUACCUGUACAAAAUUUACUAUUAGUUUAUAUCUGCAAAUUGAAAAGAUUUCGGUCUACCUAUAUAUAUUGACAUUCUGUUAAAGAAUGAUCAUCAAAAAUUAACUAAAUCCUAUAGUUCACAAUUACAUAAAAAUAUAUGCAAAAGGAAUAUGUCAAUAGUGGUUACCCAGAAUGAUGGAAUUGUGGAUUUUUUUAUUUUAAUUGUACUUGUCUGUAUUUUUUUCCACAGUGAACAACGCAUUAUUAUCAAAGUCAGAAAAUAAAGCGGUAAAUAUUUUUAAAGAUUUAAAAUUAACUGAAUAGUAAGCACUUGUUAUGUAGUAACUUUUCUAAAGUCAUUUUUAUUACCAAAGAUCAAAGCAUGGUUUGGAGUCCUUUGAUCUACCAGAUCUCUUUACUUAAGUAUAUGAUUUGGUGAAGAUAGAAAUAAUUGUGCCUUUUUUCUUCCUGUGUUUUUCUUAUGUAAUGUAGUGUAAUGGUUAAGGGCAUGGACUUUGCAGUCAGUUGGAUUCUGAUUCUGUAAAAUGGGGCUAAUACACGUACAUCAUGGGGUUGCUGUAAGGAUUCAGUGAAAUAGUGUUUGUAAAGCAUUUAGCAUUUAGUAUUAAUGAAACUUCUAGUUAUUAUCUUAGUUAAUAAUAAUAAUUUAUGAACCAUGGAUACAUGGUUUGACAUUUUCUUUGCAACUGCAGUUUUUAAAGGAAAAUAUUUCUCUGCCAACUAAUUAUUAUCUUAAUACUCUCCAUUGUUUUGGGGUUCAAGAAGAGGAAUACAAUUUUAUAAUGAAGCAUAUUACUAUUUUAUACAGCAUAUUAUAGUUGUAGAGAAGCAUACCUACAGUUUUGCUCAAAAAAAUAAAAGACCGUCUGGAACUAUGAAUAAUAAAUUUCCUUCAAGAAGGUCCAUUCAUACCCUGAAGCACAUUCUGUAACACGUGCCCAACAACUUACACCAGAAUGUGUAUAUUUUUACCAGAAAGUUUCACUGAUAGUACUUUACAGUCUUUAAAGUACUUUCAUGUAUAUUGCCUCAUCUGAGCUUGAUAAUAACCUUAUAAAUCAGACGAGUAGAUGUUAUGUCCAUUUUACAGAUGAGGAAACUGAGCUUCAGCUUGUUGGUGACAGAUCUCAAGGUCAGACAGCUCCCAGUACAGUGACUAGAAUGAAUAGUGUUGGAUCUUUUUUUCCAGCACAGGUCUCCUAAUUCCUAGCAUUACUACAUGUAGAGUGAAAACUGCAAAAUUAAGAGCAUUUAUUUACGAAUGCUUUCUUAAGCCUUUACAGUAUUUAAAUAAAGUAAUAAAAAUAAUAGCUAACAUUUAUUGAAUGCUUACUAUGUGCCAGGCACUUUUCUAAGAGCUUUAUAUAUAUUAAUUCAUUUAAU